CGGAAAAAAAAAAAAAAAAACCGCGUAAAACCAGUUCAAAGCUUUGACUCUGCCCGUGCAGGUCGAUCAAUUACAACACUACUGAAGCGAAGUGCACAAGCUGAUGGGAAUGGCUGGCUUGUUCAAUUUCGCUGCCAGUCGCCCUUGUGGAGCCUGUUCUUCGUUUUCUUCCGUCCCCUAUAGAACCUCUUAUUUUCUUCCCAUGAAAGUGGCGCCUCUAAUCCCUUCGCGCGUCGUGGCAUCCACACGAAGUUCUGUCGACGUCGCUUUUUCUUCCAGGUCAAUCACUGGCAAUUUCUCAUGGGAAGAUGUCCUUUCUACACCUCAGUCUGAUUCUAGCGCAGAAGAUUCCUCUUCUUAUCUCCAAGGCUACUUCGAGAAAGUUAAAUUAUGCAAUCGUGGUUCUGAAAAGCAAUGUGAGUUCCUUCCUUUUGUCAUUGAGGACCAAAUUGUUGGAUUCAUUCACAAUGGAUUUGCCGAUCGAUUGAGGACCUUCAAGGAUGUGUUCAUUUUCCCUAGAGAUAAAUUAUACGGUUCCCCCUUUGAUGACUAUGUUUCAUUACAUCCAAUACUGAAGACGCCUGAGCAGAGGACCAUUGCGGUUGGAAAUGUCGUCAAGUGUUUGGGAGAAGAAUGGGUUCCAGGUAUACGGAAUGAGUUAUUCCCUGUAACAUCAUCAUUUGGUGCGCCCACUUUCUUUUCUUUAGAACGUGCUGCAGCUCCUUAUUUUGGAAUAAAGGCUUAUGGAGUCCAUAUGAGUGGCUAUGUUGAGAAGAAUGGGCAGAAACAUCUGUGGAUAGGCAAGAGAAGUCGAGUAAAACCCACUUAUCCUGGGAUGCUAGAUCAUCUAGUUGCUGGAGGACUGCCUCAUGGGAUUGAUUGUCAAGAGAAUCUUGCAAAGGAAUGUGAAGAGGAAGCAGGAAUUCCCAGAUCCAUCUCUAACGGAGCCAUACCAGUUGGAGCUGUUUCGUAUGUGGACAUAGAUGGAUGCAGAUAUAAGAGAGAUGUUCUGUUCUGUUACGAUUUGAAACUUCCUGAAAGUUUCGAACCAACAAAUGAAGACGGAGAAGUGGAGAGCUUUAAGCUGAUUCCUAUUACGCAAGUUGCAGAAGUCAUACGCAAGACACAGUUUUUCAAGCCAAAUUGCUCCCUCGUGAUCAUUGACUUCUUGUUUCGACAUGGGUACAUCCGUCCUGAACGUCUUGGAUAUCUUGAUCUGCUACGAAGCCUAAGAAUUGGAGAUUGUUCAUAACAAUGAAGCAAUUCUAUUUAUCCCACAUGUUGUACUGCUUUGUCAAGCAAUUCUGUGCUCUGUGUGUGUGUGUGUGUACACUACACUCUACUCUGCUCUAGUACUUAUGUUGGUUCAGAUUCUCAGAGGUUCGAUGCUGACCCAUCGUUGUGAGCGAUUAAAAUA